GCCUAUUCGUGGGUGUGGCAUUGCUCCCUCUUUUCAUCCGGGGUGUCGAGUCAAACGGCUAUGCAGGCUGGGAACAGCCGGAGACCACCAGAGGAAAAAAUAACGCGCCUGUCACAAAAUGGUUGUGACUGCUGUCGCCUGCGAUAAGUGGGGAGAGUACGGACCUAGCUGCGCUCGGGGGUCGACGACAGGCCAGGUGGGCAAGUCCUCGGCCAUGCGUGUUAAGAGGUUUCCCCUGUUGCCGGGCAUGCAUAUCCACAGAGUAUCGACAUGCGAGCCUCAGUCAGCCACCUCAAAUGCGUCGUUUGAAAGUGCGAGGCGGACAGGGAGGCAACGGCGCAGCUUGUCGAGAUCUAGAUUUGACGAGAUCUGGGAUCAUCUUGGCUCCUCGUUCGCUCUUCCUGGGCCUGCCCGUGUUGUUUCGCGUGGAUAUGCUGAUCAGAUGCACGGAAGCAUCGUGCUAUCGGAUAAUAUUGGUGCUUCUCUUCUGACUUUGGCUCACACUCGUGGAAAAGCUCAUGUUUGGCCGGCAGACAUAGACUCCGUCUCCCCAGUCACGUCAGCGAAGGAGAUUUCAUUCGUAAAAGCUUGCCGUCAAGCCCAAGAAGCCUUCUCCGGCUUGGUUUCAGGGCACUGCAUCCGGAAAGUUAACGACCCCUCACAAAAGGUAUGCGACCCUCCAUUCGACUCACUUUGGACAGAGGGUGGUGACGCGACGGAGCAAAAACGUGAGCUCAAGCUCAGGUUCGGAGCUCAUUAG